GGGAUCCAGUGGGCAGCGCAGAGGGGAGGACGCCCGCAUGAUCCCGUAGGACGGCCCCGGUCUUGGCUAGAGGGCAGCCGCCGGGGGGUCGCGUCAUUCCCACGUGAUUCUUCGGGGAACCGAAGCCUAGAUCAAGUGAAAUUGACAAGGAUUUUUCUAUAAUCCACCCCAUUUCAACACAUUGGAAACCAACCUUUGGCUCUCAUACACAUCAUUUUCAGAGUCAAGAACUAUGCUAGACAAUUUUAAAGGGUCUUUGAGGGUUCUGAGUUCCCUAGUAAUGUUUGGAUUUCAGCUGGUCAUUCCACAGCCUUCCAUUGAACACAGAAAGGUACCCCAAAGGAUAGGAGAUCAGAAUGCUGCCCCAGAAGAAGAAAAUGGAGGAAUCCCAGGGGUUUGGGGCAGUUGGGGUCCUUGGUCGGCCUGCUCCAGAAGCUGCAGCGGUGGGGUGAUGGUGCAAAUGCGGCCAUGCCUUCCAGGAUAUUACUAUGAAAGGAACUCUCACAAGCCUGGGCAGUACCCCACUUCGGGGAGGGCACUUGCUCAUCUCCAGCGCCCCCCUCAAGAAGACCCUCUGCCUCCUUUCUCCGGCCAUGUCAUCUCUGCCAUCCGUACAUCGGUGCCUCUUCACAGGAAUGAGGAACCACCACAGGCCACCCAUCCACGGGCUGCCCUCUCCUCCGGAGGCCGGAAUGACAGCCACUGGAGCCGAGCGACCACAAGGGAGGGACGAUUUUCUCAGUCUCGGAGACGUAGCCCCAAACCAGAAAGAAGAGGCCGAAAUAAAAACCCUAUUGGACCUGGGAAAUAUGGCUAUGGAAAAGUUCCCUAUAUACUCCCACUGCAGACUGAUACGGGACAAUCGCCACACAGGCCACGAAAGCAGCGUCAGUCCAUGCAGCCCUCAUCCAACCAACAGGGGGUGGGUGCUGCCCCCACUUAUGUCCAUCCAGGUAGUCCUUCCCAUCACCACGGAGGUGCUUACCAAGAUGACCACCAAUCUCCACCCAGGUCCCAGGGCGCAAGCAGCACUUUCUAUCAACAGCCGGCGCCCCAUUUACAAGCCUUCCCAGCAGCAUCUCAAAGUUUGUUCCAGGGGACAGAACGGAGCAGGCAUCAACCAGUCCAAGGGCAGAUGUCCACCCAGCAGGCUGCAGCCAUUGUGUGCACGGGGGCCUACAAGCAGUACAGACUCUGCAAUACGAACGCCUGCCUUGAGAACAGAAACAUCAGGGAGGUGCAGUGCGCAUCGUACAACAACAAGCCUUUUAUGGGCCGUUUCUACGAGUGGGAGCCAUUUGCUGAAGUGAAGGGCAAUCAGAAAUGUGAACUUAACUGCCGAGCUGUAGGCUAUCGAUUCUACGUGAGACAAGCGGAAAAGGUCAUUGAUGGGACACCAUGCGAUCAAAAUGGAACCUCCAUCUGCGUGUCGGGACAAUGCAAG